CUCUCUCUCUCUCUCUCUCUCGAUCUCUCGAUAUGUAUAUGUUUAUCUAAGCCCUAGCCUUUUCAAACAUUUGUGAGCAUAUACAUACAAGGAUUGCUUGAAAUCGUAAGGGCUAUCAGCGCUACUAAAUUAGGGCUUUUAACUGGUGACAAUGUUUGCUUGUUUUUUUGUUUGAUUAGGGCUUUUACUCGGUGAUACGUAAGCACAUACAUACAAGGAUUUCUUGUAAUUUAGUUUUGAGUGUUACUUGUAUGCAUGUCGGGUUUGAGCUAAAUCUAUUAGUCCUUAUGUUUCUUAAACUUGAUUUGUUUGAUUACUGCUAUGAACAUUGAUGCCUUGCUUUAUCCCAAAGCUUAGAAUUCAGGCUUUUUGAGAGAUCUGAUUCUAAAUUAAUGUGGGAAUUGCAAACUUGAAGUAUGUAGAAGGGAAGUUGUGAGUGAAUAUGUACUUUGGGAUCAAAAGAUUUCAAAUUCUACAUUUACAGUACCACAAUUAGUAUGACAGUGUCUUCAAAAGAAAAAAGUUUGUGCAAUGCGACAGUAUUGGGAAGCUGUAGGACGUGGCAUUUUGGGGCUUCCUCUGGGUUAGUUUAAAAUCUCAGCUAUAAUUUUCUAUAUGCAUUAGACAUUUAUGCUAUCAACAUGACUAAUGUGGUCAUGUUGGUAAGGCUAAGUCACAUAGUGCAGGUGCGGGAGUGAGAGCGAGAAAGUGCCUUUCGUAAACAUUACAUACUACUAAAAUUUGUGAGAGCGAGAAUUGAGAGCGGGAGUGUAAGAGUUCGAAAGGAUUACGUGACCUAGUAUGCAUAUCUGAACAAUGUUUGUUUCUAUUUGGGAAAUCUAUGUGAUGUUCUGGUGUAUUAUCUUUAAAGGGAAAACUAUCAUAAUUACACUAAGUGGAGUGAUAAACUAGGCAAUAUCAAUUUCUCUGAGAGAAAAAGUACUUCAUAGAGUUGAGAGUUAAUAAUGUGACUCUUGAAAAGAAAAUGAAGAGAAUUCUAUUAUAUGAUUUUAGGAAGAUGUAUAACUUUUUCCUAUUUCAUUGGAGGAACUGACUCUGUUUAUACUUGCCAAAAAAAAUAAUAGUGACUCCGUUUAUGCGUUUAUGGUUGAAAUUCAAAUAAUUGAGGUGAGAUUUUUUGUGCAUUGUUAAGAUCUUUUAAAUAUGAUCCAACACGAACACAUGCUUAUAUGGGCUGGAAUGGAAGAAUGUAAUUUUGGUAUAAUGGAUUGUUGUUUGAACUAGUUUAAGUUAGUUUGUAGAGUCAGUCUACAGAGUUAGUUUCUCAUUUUAAUUGGUUCCAUCAACAUCAUGAUGUAUUCUUCACUUAAUUGCUUUAUAUCCUUUAAAACUAAUGGUUAUUUGAAUAUGUUAGGCAGAUAAGCCUAAUGGAAAGGUGCCAGAUUUCUGUGAUAUAUACAAGGCAUCACAUGCAUUGAAAGAUGGUUGAUGGAUCAAUCCUCAAUGUGAGGAGCUAUAUGAGAGGAUGGUGGCGAUGUGAGACGAGGCGUCUCAAUCAGGAUGUCCGAGGACGGCAGAAUAAAUUUCAAGGAGUGUUCUUGGGGAAACAAGGUAUUACUGGUAUACAAGAUUUUACAGUACAUAGAUCAAUACUGUCAAGAAAACCAGCUCCCACCUCUUCCAGUCAUUUUAUGCGGUGGAUUAGCCAUCGUAACCACAUAAGCAAUAUAUGCGGAGCCAUCGGCCCAUUACACCUUCUUAAAGCUGAUGGCAGUCACAUAAACUAUUCUCAGUUCUUGCAAGCUCUAGCUCAGUUGGGCUUAAGCGGUCACUCUGAAGAUUGUAUAGGUACCAAAGACAUAAAAGAAUUAUGGGAACAGAUAGAUACAGAUGGGGAUGGUGUGAUUGAUAUAUCAGACUUUUCUGUAUGUCCAUCUCCCUUUUGUUAUGUUCCUACUCAAUUGAGUUUUUUCUUUGUUGUUUUUCUUCUUCAACUUAUUUGUUGAUGCCUUAUGGUCCAUUUGAUUAGCAAGAGAAUGAGAGAAUGGGAUGGAAAGAGACAAAUAUAGCUACUUCUGAUGUGUUUGAAUUAGGAAGAGAUUGAGAGAGAGUGCAAGAAACUAAACUUUCCUGUACAACUUAUGCAUCUGGAUUUUUUUUUUCUCUGCAUAAAACACCGGAAACUUUAAACCUUCUCAUGGAAUUAGUUAUCAACAAUUUGUAUUUCAAACUUUGUCUCUUUCAUUAACUUGCUCCCCUGUCUCAUACUAGUGGGUGUUAAUUAAUUAGAUUGGGUCACAAUAAUGUGAUGGUCGACAGAGAAUUUUUUGGUUUACUUUUUCAGUAUGUUACUAGUGUGAUAAGAUGCCCCGUUGAUGCCUUAGACGUUUGAGUUUUGAGUGUCCAUGUGUUCAAUUAGGAAAAAGUUUACAGCUGCACCAUGAGAAGGAAAAUAUACAUGCACAAUCCAGUAAACAAUGGCUAAAAGACUUGCUGACCCAGAGGAAGAUUGGAUGAUUCGAUUAACUUGCUAAGUAGCUUGGUAGAUUUGGUGGCUCCUGUAUAGGGUAUGAUGGUUUUUGCUUAUGAAGUGUAGUGUCACUGAUUUUGUUUUAGUUUCAGUUGUAUAUGCCAAGGCCAUCUCCUUGGUUUGCUUGUUCUUUGUUUGACCUAUAAAAAAGUGCAGUACUCAUCGAAAACAACAAAA